UGCAGAGGCGGCACGAGCCGGUCCCAUCGCCCUUUCCCAAAAGGGAGAGCUGGAAGGGGCCGGGGUCUGCCCCGGCAACCCCUUGCCUCCAGCCCCAUCACAGGGGACUGUCCGGCGCGCAUCCCUCCGACGGUUCUCCCGGCAGGUAACUGCGGCUGCUGUCUCGAAGGAAGACCCCUGGCAGAAGCAGUCAUGUCGCACACAAUGUAUAAUAAGAUGUGGAAAGAAGCCCAAGAAGCCCUCAGUAGCUUGCUGGAGAGAGAGUCUGAGAAGUCUCAACUACAUCAGAAAGAUCAUGGCUUCAUCUUUCAGGUGAUAGCCACGUUCUUCAUCAAAUAUGUGCAAAUCUUCCGUGGUUUGGAAGCUGCAUAUGACCAGAUAGUCCACCCGCAGAAACGACUUGUCAUUCGGCAAGUUCUGGAUGGUGUGAUGGGCCGGAUUCUGGAGUUAAAGAAUGAAAUGGUGGAACUGGAAUAUUCUGAAUUUCAUUAUUUUGAUGACAUCCUGCAGGAUUUGAAGCUGGCUCCUGAACAAUUAGAGAUUCCUAUUCCAAAAUAUUUUUUGAAGGAGAAAUUGCAAGUCCUGAGGGAAAGAGAGGAAAUCCUUGCUCAGAUUCUAACUAAUGCUGGAUUGAAAGGAAUCGAACUGAAGAAACCUAUAAAGAUUUUGCCCCUAGAAGAAGCUGUGAAAAUCAUCCAGAUUGCUGAGCGGGCUCGGCAAGGACGACUAAGGGCUAUUUUCAUGAAACAAAUCUUCCUUGAAGCAAAGAAGGAAAGGCUAUCUAGACUUCACAGUGAUAAAAUUGCUGACCAAAAUGCUGCAGCAAUUCGCAUUCAAAAGGUUUGGCGAGGAUUCCAUGACUGGAAGAAAACAAAAAUAGAGCGAGAAGAAGAAAUGAUAUUUCUGGGAAUGAGCCCACCUCUUCAGCUUGCAGAGUUUAACUCUUCAUUGGUACAUGCCCAACAAGUGAACACCUUACGUUAUGAUGUUCAGGAAAGACAUGAGGAAGAAUUCCAAGAAGCUCUGGUUUCAAUCAAGAAUAAUCUGAGAGAAUUAGAAGGUCCUGACAUCAAAGAAAGCCUCCAAGAACAGAUCCGCCAUUGGUUCAUUGAAUGCCGGAAUAUAACUGGCAAGUUUCCUGAUUACCCUGAUGAGGAAGAAGGUGGUUCCGCUGUUAUUUUUGCUCAAAAGACCCCACAAGAGGUUAUUGCUGAAAUAAUCGCAAAGGAAGAGGAAGCUGAAAAGAAUAAGAAAUCCAAGAAAAAGCAGAAGAAAGAAAAGGGGGAAGAGAAAACCAAGGAAAAGAAAGAUAAAAGGAAAAAAGAAAAGAAGAAAAAGAAAGAAAAAGAAGAGGAAGAGGGCUGGAAAAUGGCUCCAAGUCUUUUCCUGCCUGUGAUGGAAGAAGGAAACAACAUCUAUAAAGGUGUCUGGAAGAACAGAGAUGAGACAUGGAAUUUCCCCCAGGAAUAUGAUCCACAGUUGAUUAGAGAAGAAAAGCGGAAAGAAGUUCAAGAGGAGAUCAGGUUGCAGGUUGAUGAGCUAAUGAGACAGGAACUGAAAAGUCUGAAAUUAGCAGUGGACAGAGAAAAAUUGAAACAGCAGAUAGUACAAAAAAGUGGAAGAAAGAAAGGAGGGAAAAAAGGUGGAAAGAAAAAGCAUAAAAAGGAAAGAGAUCUGACUCCUGGCAGGACCAUUGAUUCUCUCUUCAAAGAGCUAGUAGAAGAAGGAUUAUUAAUAAAGCCAGAGAAAGUGAAACUCUCUGAUUACAUUGGUGAGUACAGUUAUCUGGGAAGCACUCUUCGUCAGGUAGACAUAGAACCAAUGCCCUCCCUCACAGACGUCAGACAGCUGAUUGCCCUCUAUGGAAUCUUGCCAUUAGGCUCCCAAUCUGUGCAUGAAAAGGCUCCUUGGGUCAAAUCUUUGCUGUUGGCUGGGCCCUCUGGUGUUGGGAAGAAAAUGCUAGUUCAUGCCCUAUGUACCGAAACAGGAGCCAAUCUCUUCAACUUGUCUGCCUCUAACAUUGCUGGAAAAUACCCUGGCAGAAGCGGCCUUCAAAUGAUGCUCCAUAUGGUGUUCAAGGUGGCACGUCAGCUACAGCCUUCAGUGGUCUGGAUUGGAGACACAGAAAAAACCUUCUACAAAAAAGUGCCCAAAGUAGAAAAAGAGAUGGAACCUAAGCGCUUGAAAAAUAAUCUUCCCAAAAUUCUGAAACUUUUGAAGAAAGAGGACCGGGUUCUGGUCGUGGGAACCACCCAACGCCCAUUCGAUGCUGACCUCGGGCCUUUCUGCAAGGUUUACCAAAAAAUUAUUUUGAUUCCCAGACCAGACUACGCUUCCAGAUUUGUUUUAUGGAGAGAAAUCAUUGAACAGAAUAGAGGAAUCAUCACCAACGCACUGAACAUAAGCUGCCUAGCCAAGGUUACUGAUGGUUUUACCCAGGGACACAUCAUCCAGGUGGUGAAAAACGUACUCAGCGACCAUCGCAUCAGGCAGCAGAAACACAAACCACUGACGGCCGUUGAGUUUAUUGCACCCCUGGCCAGCCUAGACCCUGUGUUCAAGGAGGAAGAAGAACACUUUAAGGCCUGGUAUGCCAAGACUCCUCUGGGGAAGAGACGAGCCAGAGCCCUGGAGGAAUGGGAAAAAGGAGAAAAGGGAAAAGAAAAAGGAAAGAAAAAGGGCAAAGGGGGAGCAGAGAAAAGAGAAAAGAAAGGAAAAAAGAAGUAAUUCCUUGCCCGAACAUCUCCAGAGAAGCUCUCAGCAACAAAUAUGCCCCAUUUUGGUCAGAGGCAACAGUGCCCUGGUGAGAAGAAAGCCAACAAAUGUCAGUCUGCAAAGAGACCUUCAAAAGCAUCUCAUCUGUAAUGUGACACUAACCUGCCAUGACUUUUGGAUAUUGAUUUGUGAAUUCAAUAGUUCAUAGGAUUUGUAGGGCUUUUAAGUUUUUCAAGUAUUCUACAAUAUAGUAACUUUCACUAAUCUUCAUAAAAUUUUUAGGUACCCAACUCAUUUCACAUUGUUACAGACUUCCUCCACUCAAUAUUUGGUUUGUCGGCUAGCCUAGUUAUUAGAAAGUUUUACAAAUGUAUGGUAAGGAUAUGCAUAUCAUUCUCUCUUCAUUAGACAUUUGCUAAUUUGUGUACAAAUGGUUCUA